UUGUUAUUCAAUGAAAUCCGACUACUUUAUUUAUUGAUGAUUCUGCUGUAUUUAAUAUUUUAACUGAAGUCAUGAAUAACUGAUGAGCUGCUGUAGAAAUAAACUUGAUGUUAAUAGUUCCCAACAGUUUCCCUGUAAUGUAAAGUUUAGUGUUUUUUACUUUAAGUACCUGAAAAAAAGAGCUGCCAGUGGAGGUGGCUCAGGGAUCGCUGUAGCAGUAUAAGUGAUCAGCCCAGUGCCAUGACUGAACACCGGUCCAAAAAAACCAAAAAAAACAAAAAACAAAGAGUGAACACCAGCCCUGGCAGCCCAAACAUCAGACCAGCCCACCGGGAAUUGUCCCGGUCCUCCCGAUUAGCCACUCGGGGGAGCGAUGUGGCCACCCCAAUGAGGAAUUUCUGCAGACGCCCCUGCUGCUUUUUCCAACAAGGCAGCACUGAGGCAGGAAUGCGGCUCUGAGCUCCGGACAGCAGCUCCUCCGUCAGACGUGACGUCGCUGGUUCCCCUCUGAAAAACUCCGAGCAAAAAGUUUUUCUAUGAGCGAAAAAACACAACGAGGAGCCCGAAAUCCUCCCCGCGACCGGGAGCCUCGGAAUGCCCGUCCGUCUGCGCAUCAGCACCGGAUCCAGCCGUCGAAAUGUUGACAGAGUCGCGUCGUCGCAUCAAAAGUUCUGCGGCCGUUGUGGCGAUUGUUUGCGCAGCAGCGAUGUUGGCCCGAAGCUGCCAGUGUGUCAGCGACCAGGACGACGAAGUGCUGGAGAAAAAGCAGCUCACGGAGUUCUACAAAAAGGGUCUGUUUAUUUUGGAAAGUGAGCCGCUGAAGCGCUGCAUCUCGGUGGAACGCUCCAACCUGGUGCUGGAGGACUGCGAGCGUCCCACCCGCCGCAUGCUGUGGAAGUGGGUCUCCAGGCAUCGCCUCUUCAAUCUGGGCACCAGCACGUGCCUGGGCCUCAACAUCUCGGACACGACGCAGCCUCUCGGAACGUUCGAGUGCGACGCCGCCCUCCCUGUGCUGUGGUGGCGUUGCAGUGGAAACAUGCUGUACGGGGCGUCCCAGUGGAAGGUGGCCGUGGCUGGACGCCUGGUGGUGGUGAAGAAAAACAGUUAUAAUGAGUGGAAAAGGUACAACACCCCGAGUGAGGGCCCCUGCUCGUAUCCAUAUGAAGAUAUCCACACUUUGUUGGGAAAUGCACACGGCAUGGCCUGCGCUUUCCCCUUUAAGUACAACAACAAAUGGUACUCCGAGUGUACGACUGAGGGGCGUGAGGAUCAUCUCCAGUGGUGCUCAACCACCGCUCGCUACGAUGAGGCCGAAAGAUGGGGCUUCUGUCCAGUGCAAGAUUCCAGCUGUGAGCGCUUCUGGGAGUCAAACCAGGAGCUGCAAGCGUGUUAUCAGUUCAACCUGUACACCAUCCUGACCUGGAGUCAGGCGCUGUCUACCUGCCAGGCCCAAGGCGGAAACCUCCUUAGCAUCACCAGCCUGGCGGAGCACAGGUACAUCAGAGAUCGACUGGCAAGUGUUGGAGCGAUGGUGUGGAUCGGACUGAACCACCUGAAGGAGGGACGUGGAUGGCAGUGGUCUGAUGGAGCACCUCUGUCAUUAGUGAAUUUCACCACAGCUCUACCUGCCAACCCCCUGAAGGAGGACAGACAGUGUGGAGUUUACAACUCGGCCUUCGAGGGUCACUGGCAGAGUCUUCCCUGUGAGUCUGCUCUUCCUUACAUCUGCAAGAAGACGCCUAACGACACCCGCAGAGCUGAGCCUCUAGAGAACUGGCAGUAUAUCCCUACUGAGUGCGCUAAUGGCUGGUGGCCUCAUAACGGUUUCUGCUACCGGGUGCUGUCAGAAUCAGAAGCUGGAAGCUGGGAGGAGUCUUCCAGGGCCUGUGGCUCUCGGAGGGCGAACCUCACCAGCCUGCACUCCUUGUCUGAGAUGGAAAUGCUGCUCAACCUCCUGGCUAACUUUUCUGGAGAGAGUAUGGAGGUGUGGAUUGGUCUUUGGAAACAGGCAUCGUCACCGACUGUAGAGUGGUCUGAUGGUUCACCAGUAACUCUCACUCUGUGGCACCAGUAUCAGCCUCUACACAACCUGACGGAUGCAGCACUCUGUGCCAAAGUGGACAAGAAGAAAGGUAACUGGCUUUUGGCCUCCUGUGACGAGCGACGGCCGGCUGUGUGCAGAGGAGAAAGCCAGAAUCUCGUUGAUAACCAUGGAGCCUGGGAUGAAGGUUGUCCUGAGGGCUGGAAGCGACAUGGCCAUUCCUGUUACAUGGUGACCACUCAUGCACAGAACUAUGAGGAUGCACUGCUGGGAUAUUACUGCAAGGCUCCUCUUCUUACUGUGGAAAACAGGUUUGAGCAGGCGUUUGUCAACAGUUUGCUGAGUGAGAAUGGAGCCAACAGUAGUCUGUAUUACUGGAUCGGCCUCAUGGACAUGGACAAGACAGGAGAGUACCGUUGGCUUCCUCACAAUGGAUCCUCUCUGCCUCUUACGUUCACACACUGGAACAAACACCAGCCAGUCAGUGCUGGCGGCUGUGUUGCCAUGUCAGGUGGUCCUGCUCUGGGUCACUGGGAGGUGAAAGACUGUAAGUUGCACAAGGCCUUGUCGGUGUGUAAGCAGAGCAUCAGCAGUUACCAUGACGCCCCGCUGCCUGAGCACCACAUCGAUGCCUACGCCCCCUGUCCUCCAGGCUGGGAGUCACACUCUGGCCUGUUUCACUGCUUUAAGGUGUUCCACGAUGAGAAAGUCCUGAUGAGGCGCUCCUGGGUGGAAGCAGACUUCUUCUGCCAGGCCCUCGGGGCUCAGCUGGCCAGUUUCCACCACUAUGAGGAGCAGGUGUUUGUUAAGCAGCUCCUCAGUGCCAUGUUUGAAGGAACAGAGGGUCGCUGGUUCUGGGUGGGUUUAAAUCAGAGAGACCCUGAAUAUCCCGGAGUCUGGGAGUGGUCGGACGGUUCUCCUGUGGUGACGUCCUUCAUUGAGGAUAAGAAUGAGGAGGAUGACAGGAGGGACUGUGCCAUGUACAGUGACCUGACCAACGCUCUGAUGCCGCAGCCGUGCGACGCCAAACACGAGUGGAUCUGCAAGAUGUCCAGAGGUGAUAAACUGAAGAAACCCUAUUGGUACACUGAGCAGAGCGAGCCGUGGGUGUUUUACCACGGAGCCGAGUACCUGCUGGCCAAGCAGCCCUUCAGCUGGGACGCCGUCUCUCUGGCCUGUCAGAUGAUGGGAGCUUACCUGCUGUCCGUUCACUCCAGAGAAGAGCUGCACUUCGUCAAGGAGCGCUUACGACGGCUCUCUCUGGGCCCGACGGACUGGUGGAUCGGCAUGUCCACUGGGCAGCCUGGAGAGGAGGUCAGGUGGAGCGACAAGACAGAGGUGGACUUUCAGAACUGGGCUGAAAGAGGUGCUGGUGGAGGCCUUAGGAAAAAUGGGCUGUGUGUUACCAUGUCUUCAUCAACAGGGAAGUGGUCGACGAGUAAAUGCAGCGACCUGCACGGCUACGUGUGCAAGAGAAGGACUGUGUCGGUGGUGGAGACUCCCAGGGAGCCGCACUACAUCGGAGGAUGUCCAGAGAAAUGGCUGUACUUCGGACACAAGUGUCUCCUGCUUCACCUCCUUGGCAGUCCAAAGGAGGGAAAGAGUUGGACAGAUGCCCAGUCCAUCUGCUCCUCGUUCGAAGGCUCACUGGUGGCCAUAGAAGACGAGAUUGAACAAGCCUACAUCACAAUGUUGCUCCAGGGAAGCUCUGUGGGGGUGUGGAUCGGCCUGCGGGACGAGGACACCAUGAAAUGGACCAAUGGGAAACCAGUCAGCUACACCAACUGGUCUCCGAUUGAACCAAAGAGCUAUCUCACUGAGGACGAGUGGCUCAGUGGCUUCGCCGAUGAACCACUUUGUACCGUUCUGUCCAACAACCACAACUUCCACCUGACAGGAAAGUGGUACGAUGAGAAGUGCAGCCAGAGUGGGUACGGCUUCGUCUGUCAGAAACCUCAAGAUGCAACCAAACCCCCCACACACUCCUAUCACCACCCUCUCCCUGACAAUAUUGAAUACAGGAGCCGCAGCUACAAGGUCGUGUCUGGCAACAUGAGCUGGUACGACGCGUUGCAUAUGUGCAUAGAGAAUGAUUCUGACCUAGUGAGCGUUACAGAUGCCUACCACCAGGCUUUCCUUACUGUCCUUGUCAACAGAUUGGCAGUCCCCCACUGGAUCGGACUGUAUAGUCAAGAGAGCGGCAUCAACUAUGAGUGGUCGGACGGCAGCGACACGGUGUACACACACUGGGAUGCAGCCGAUGACGACGACGACGACUUUGCGACCGAGGACUGCGUGUACAUGGACGUGAGCGGAGGCUGGCGGCGAGCUGACUGUGAAACUCUGCUACCGGGAGCUCUGUGUCAUGUUCCCCCACCAAGAAAUAAGCCGUUCAUCUCAUACGAGUUGGCGUGCCCCUCCACUUGGGUCAAAUUUGGACAUGGAUGCUACAGCUUUGAGCCUGUGAUGGAGAAACUUAGUUUUGAGGAGGCGAGAGAGCACUGCAGGCAUAAAGUCAACACCUCAGAUGUUCUGACCAUUGAGAGCGAGACAGAGAAUCGUUUUGUUCUGGAGCAGCUAUGGUCAUCUGGGUUCCACCACCAGACCUUGUGGUUGGGGUUGUACUUCAACAUUGACACUGAUUCCGUGGCCUGGGUUGAUGGCUCACCAAUGGACUACACCAACUGGCCCAACAAAGCUCCAGAUCCCAAGCUGCUGACUGCAGAUGCCUGCGUUACCAUCAGGGUUGUUGACGGUUCGUGGCACAUGUCACAGUGCACAGGGCGACUUGGCUUCAUCUGCAAAACCGUCUCAAAUGCGAUUACCGAGGUGGAAGUGGAACCGCUGAAUGGUUUACACCACGGUAUCAUCCCUGCUGCAGUGCUGGUGGCCGUGCUGAUCUUCGCCCUGCUGGCAGGGGCAAUCUGGUUUCUGUACAGGAGGAACUCUGUACGUUUUCGUGGCCUCCCGACGCUCGGCAGCGCUUAUUACAGACAAAGCAGCUCCCAGGCUACAGAGUCCGACGGAAACGUGCUGAUCACCGACCUGGAGGCUCACUCAGGAGAAUAGCACUCAGUGACUCCUCUUGUUUUCCUCAACUUCUGUGCUGUUUUCUCCCCAUUCUGUCUGUAUCUCACCGUUUCACCAUCAAGCAUGAAUGCCACAUGACACUGUAAAGCUGUGACGCUGACUCCUCAGGACGGUGAGAUGGUGAGAUGAUGGCGGCAAGCGUUUCUUUCUGUGUUUGAAGGAUGCCGGUUGCUCUCUAGUUUUCAUUUAUUCAAAUCAUUUACGUGAGACGAAGGUUUUUAAAGAUAUUUCUUGUGUUGACACUGAAAAGCCCACGUUUGAAUUUAUGCUAUUUUGUAAUAAAUUUCACCUAAAUGAUGGUUAAAGAAGGGAUGCUAGAGAGCCUUAAACUCAGUAAAAGAGGUGCUGAACACAGAAUUGUAUAAUCCUGCAGCAUUAGGAUUAUUUAAUUGUAAUUGGUAAACAGUAUUAGAAAAAGUUUACAAGAUUCGAGCAGGUGAUGGAAGAUUUUCAGGGUCAAAAUUAGCUCUCAUUGCCAUAAAUAUGAGGCAGAUUGAUAUCAAAUUUAAAUUACAAUGAUAAUUGUUAUGCAAUUUUGUAUAUUUCAUUCAGAAUUCAGGAGCUGUUGAAUCUGUACACAUGGUACAUCCAUUUUGUAAGUAUUACUUUUGUAUUUUUAUUUUCUCAUGUGUAUACAUUGCUGUAUAUUGAUACCAGAGGGGUUUUUUGUAUGUUUGAACCUAACUGAAAAUGUGUAGGGCAUGGCUGAUGAUUGAAGGUUUUUUCAGUUUUGUCUGCUGAUGCAAAUCAAAUCAAGGGAUGUAUUUUGCACAGUUUUGUUAGUGUUUUAAUAAAUUGACUUUAGGUUGAGUAA